AUGGCAGAGUUGAUGGCCGCUGACACCGUGUUCUGGUACAAUGUUGGGGCAGGUCAAGCAUCAAUAGGUACUGGACCAGGUGAGGCAUCAAUAGGUACUGGACCAGGUCAGGCAUCAAUAGGUACUGGACCAGGUCAGGCAUCAAUAGGUACUGGACCAGGUGAGGCAUCAAUAGGUACUGGACCAGGCUGUAUCACAGGUACUGGACCAGGUGAGGCAUCAAUAGGUACUGGACCAGGUGAGAAAUCAAUAGGUACUGGACCAGGUGAGAAAUCAAUAGGUACUGGACCAGGUGAGGAAUCAAUAGGUACUGGACCAGGUCAGGCAUCAAUAUGUACUGGACCAGGUGAGGCAUCAAUAGGUACUGGACCAGGUGAGGCAUCAAUAGGUACUGGACCAGGUGAGGCAUCAAUAGGUACUGGACCAGGUGAGAAAUCAAUAGGUACUGGACCAGGUGAGAAAUCAAUAGGUACUGGACCAG